AUGAUGCUGACGCUCAGGACCGUUCUUCGUGAGGCACUCGAGGGUGCUCACGACGACGUGAUCCCCCUCAACGCCAACCGCAAGAUUGUCAAGAUGUGGCUCGACCUCAUGAACAUCCGCGACGACGUCAACGUGCACGGCAACCUGGUGUUCAUCCAGCACGCGGCGCUCCUCAAGUUCUGCGACGAGCUCGGGAGCAAGGCCGUGGCGGACCGCGUCCUCUCGCAAAUGAUCACCGUGGUGCACAAGGACCCGUGGGGCCUCUUCCUGGUCGCCUCGCAGCGCAACCACGUCGCGCUCGCCAAGACGGCCCUCCAGCACCUCGGCGCGCUCGAGCGCCAGCAGAAGCUCGCCGACAGCGGCGGCGACAUGGACGACGCCGCGCGCGAGUCAUUCAAGCCAGCCAAGGUCCACCACCAUGCCAUCGCCAAUGGCCACGCCGCGGCCAAUGGCCACGGGCACGCCGAGCACAAGGUCCUCGUCAGCCCCACCAAGCGCCCGCUCAAGGCCAAGUACAAGGCCAAGUACCCUGCGCCCGCGCCCAUCCCCAAGGUGUCCGACCUCACGCCCGACAACAUGGCCAACGUAGGCGUGCCCUUCAUGCUGGGCCUGUUCAACGCCGCGCUCGACUACCGCGCCGUCGAGCACCCCGGCCCCGUUGGCUGGAACGAGAUUGCCGAGAAGUGGGAGCCCAUUUACUAG